AUGUCUGAUGAAUUUGAUAUAUAUAAUGAUGAUAAUUUUGGUGAUAAUGAAAAUACAAGUCAAGACUUGUAUCCAGAUACUUUAAAUUUGGAAGAAACUGUACUUGGCGAGGAUGACUUAUUUGGAGAUUUUAUGGAAGGUGAAAAGGGAUACGAAGUUAAAUUGGAAAAUACUGAUGAGGAUAAUAAAAAUCUUGGUAGUGAUAAUGCCAAUAUUAAUGCAACUGAAGGUCAAACACAAAGUCUACAACGUGCUUCAUCAACUACUAGUAAUGGAAGUCAAAGCAUGAUGGAUCAUCUUUGUGCUAUAGCGCGUGAUGUUGGAGUGUUAUCUGAAGUUAAAGAAAUCACUUUCUAUGAACACAAGGUUAAUGGAAAAUCAAGAGGUGUUGCUUAUGUAGAAUUCACAACUGAGGAAGCUGCUAGUAAAGUUAAAGAGAGAUUAGAAGAAGUUGAAAUCACAGAUAAAAAAUGCUUGGUAAAUUUCACAAGCUCAGCAAAUGGUAAUCCUUUCAAAACUGUCCCAAAAGAACCACCUUCAAAAGCUUCUCGUCAACAACAACCAUCAGUACAGCAAAGAUCUGCAACAUCUGGAAAUUUACCAAUUCGUCCUAUUAUGAGACCGACAGGCGGUGGAAUGGAUUUCCAUAAUCGUAAUUUCCCCUCAAGGUGUGCAAUGCAACGUGUAAUACUGUGUUUGCAGGUGAUCAAUCCUAUAAAUCUUGAUCUAACCAUAUCAACACGACCAAUACCAUGA